GGUUGGUCCACCCCUUCAUUGAUUUGGUCGAGGUCUGAUCGACAUCAAAUUGCGAACAUGCCACGCAUGACAUAAACACACCGACGACACAUCGACACGUCUCUCUCUUGGUCGACAUAGACGGCCGGCCGGUCACUGAUAAAUCGUUGCACCUCCGUGUGUGUGUGUGUGCGACGGCAUUCGCUCAUUCACUCAUUCACACGCCAUCAGCGGGCAUGGACUGGGUGAGAAGGGGGUGGCUGGGCUCCUGCAGCAGCUCGUCCAUCAGGUCGUCGUCAGCACUCUCGCGCAGCAGCUCAACCAUACCCCGCGGCAAAAUGGGCGUGUCUGUGCAGCGCAGCGACAGGGAGCCAGGCCACCAACACACACACAAUUCACCACACCACACCCUGGCCGCUUAGCUCUGCUCCCUCCCCUACUCGCAUCAGCGGCCUUCUUCGAUCGGUGGCUGAGAGCGACGUAGCGGAAGGGCAUGUUGGUGGAGUCAUGCGCACCCUGUGUGUGUGACGGAGGGAGGGAAGAGGCACAAGACGUGUGUGUGGGGAAGCGAAGCGGCUGGGUGGGCGGCUGACUGACCGUGCGUAUGUCAGGGUGGUCCACAUACGGGAUCUUCUCAAGCGCGACGCCAUCUGCACACACACACACACACACACACACACAGAGAGAGAGAGAGGGCGUCCCACUGCCAGCGUCGCACCCACCCCCACACCUUCAAGAACGAUCUUGCACACCAGCAUCGCGGUGUCGGUCGUCAUCUGAACAUCAUGGUGCGCAAACGCCCCUCAAUCCGUCCCUCCCACAGGCACCUGCCCACCCACCUGCACACUCCCGAGGUUUCGUCUGUGAGGGAACCCUACCUUCCGCAGCUCCUGCGUCCGAUCGUCCGACGGCACAUUGCCUGGGCCAGACAUCAAUCAAUCAAUCACACACGGCACGACAGCAGCAGGCACACCACACAGCCCUGCUGCUCAACUCAGCUCAACUGGCCUGCCUGCCGCCUGUGUCUGUGUGUGGUCACUCACCUAGAAUGCCCCCAAACAGCACCGUGUCGAACAGAGCGGCGUCUGCGGGCGUGAGCGGCUCGGAGGCGUCCAUCUGACACACACACGCAUACACACAAAUGAAAUGAAGAGGCCCGGCCCGGCCGCUCUUGAUUGGCGAUAGUGUCCUCCUCCUCACAUCCAUCAGCACAGUGCGCUCUCGCGGGAAGUCUUUCUGGAGAUCAGCAAUGGACUCUGCGGACACACAACAAAGCGGACACAACGAGGGCCCUUUCAGAGGUCUGCCUGCGGAGUCGUGCAGGGCAGGGCGUGGCUAUGGGUGGCUGCCUGUGUAGACGCGCGGCGCAAAGCGGCUGUCCACACAGGCGAAGGACCUGCACUGACACACACACACGCAAUGAGGCAGGCAGUCAGUCAGUCAACCAGCGGGUCGAUCAACAGACAGGGAUACCCACCUGUCCUCAUUUGGCCACUUGGUGAAGGCGAGGCGCUCGUCCUUGACCACCUCGCACAUGUGGCCGUACUCCAGCGCACACCACCGCUGAAAUCAUGAUGCAGUCCAGCCAAACACAGAACAACGUCCGCUCCGAUGCUGCUGGUUCGUUCCUUUGUCUCUGCAGCAGUGCGCAUCUGACCGGCACGCCCUCCUCCAGGUGCUCCACCGCAUAGAUCUUCCCUUUGCCGCCGCCAGCUGCAGCGGCUGCUGCUGCCUUGACAUCUGAUGAGUCGGCCAUCACUCAAGGGCAGCAGUUUCUGUCGCGCACUGCCUGAGGAUCCAUCUGCACCAAUGUGUGCAGGAUAUCCUGCCUGCGUAUUUUUGCCUUCUCC